AUGGCGGCGACGGACGCAAAGAAGAUGACACAGGCGGAGGUGCUGCAGGCGCUGUCGCCGCCGCCGUUCCGGCAGGCGAAGGCGGUGCCCAGCGACGCGGAGGUCGAGCACUCGCGGCAGGAGAAGUGGUGGAGGUCCGACUCCCCGCGCGACAACCACGGCGACGACGGGAUCGGCGUCCCCGUGGCCGAGCGCGGGCACGACACGGGCCGCUUCCACACCACCUCGAACUCAGGCAGCGGCACCGCCUGCCACUUCCAGGAGUCCUCGGAGAUGAAGGCGAUCCCAGGGUACAGCGGCUUCAUCAGAGGAAAGGCGUCUGGGAACAUCAUCGGCAAGUCGUUCGCCGGUACGGUCAAGGACGCCGAGGAGCACCUGGCCACCAACUGCAAGGCCGCACGGUUGGCCGCCCAGGCGGGCCAGCAGUGA